GACCAAGUACGCCAGUAGCGCCAGUAGCGCCAGUAGCGCCAGUAGGUAGGCCGCCGCCUACUUCCUAGAAACUGGAUAUCCUGCCAUGGCCUCCGAUUUAGGGCGAAACGUGCUCGAGGCCUUCCAAUCGGUGGGAUGCCCCGGGAUAGAGGCCUGGGGCGCGGAUGAUCUGGAUUGGUUGGCCUCGACCUCUGAAGAAACCCGAUCCUUUCUGACUUGGCUCACGCAGAGCUUGGAGCCUGAAUUAGCCUUGACCAUCGACGAAUUGGAGGCUUGGCAGCGACUUCAGGCCGAUCGACCGGAUGAUAUCUUGCAGGGCGAGCUUUUAGAGGAAGCAUUGGCCUCAUUGGUCGCCUCGGAAAAGGCCCGCGAAGAUGAUAUGAGCUUGACUGAGCUGCAAUUGGUAGUGGAACGCCUCCAGGAACAAUUGAACCUCCAAUCGGCCACUUUAGAGGAUUUAGACGGCGUCUCAAGUGGACUGCGAGGGCAGCAGACCCGGAUGGGCGUGUCGUUGUCGGACCUAACGCCGCUGAUGGAGAAAGAAUCACGGAACGUACGACAGAAACAAGAUCAGAUCAUGAACUUGAACGAAGAGUACAAUGACGCCUUGGAUGAGCUUUGUCUGGCCAUUCAAUCGAUCAUGGACAGACUUCGGACAUACGGCGACCAGACCAAGGAACGACCCAUUUUAUUGAGUGAAAUUGAUUUAGAGGCCUUGCAAUCCGGCAAUGCGACUUGGAUGAAGUCAUUAGAAAACACUUUUGACGCGUUGUUCACGUAGCGCCGCGACAGAGGAGAGGAAAAUGUGGGAGAAGAUGAUGAAAAUGUGCUCAAUGAGUUGAGCCGACUCAAGGACGGUUUGCAGAUCGGACAAAGGAACCAAUGGAUCGCCGAAGCCAAGUUCGAGGGUCAAAAAGCAUCAUUGCGGCAUUUGAAGGCACUCCAGUAUCAACUUACCCAGGGUCAGUUAGCCACAGAUGUUGGCACGUUAGACAAAGAAAGCAUCGAGUUGGAGCGCAAGAUCGCUUUGCUCCAAUCUGACAUAAGUUCGCUCAAGAGAGACCAAUUAGUUCCUUUGGCCGAGAACCACGGUCAAUUAGAGGUCGAAAAGGUGGUGGCCAUUGACCUCCAGAACAAGUGCAUCGAGUCGGAGUUUAAUUUCAAGAAAUUGGAGGAAUUCCAAGAAUUCUUGAUGUCCCAGCGUUCCCUUCAGACCGGUCUCAGUGGUCUGUUGGAGAUAGAGAAAGCUCAGUUGUCUCGUCUCCUUGAGCAAUUCCUGCAAAUCAUCUCGGAGAUGAAAGCCCUCGCUCGAGAUUUGGAGGAAGAGAAAACUGCUUUGGAGAAUCUGAGCCUUUUUGAAAUGGACCAGGCCAAGGAUCAAAUCCAUUGUCAAGAUCACGUCAUGAUCUCUCUCUUGAGCUUGCUCAAUGAAAAAAGUCAUCACGGAGAAUGGCGGGAAAAAGAUUUGAUGCAUGUUGUUCAAAAGUUGCAAACGUCGAUCCAAAGCCAAGAAGAGACAAAGAAUCAAAUGGAACGGGAAAUGGUGGAUCAACAAGAGCAACUCAAUAAGGGCUUGCCCAAAUUGGAAAAACUUAUCAACCUGGACGGAUGGAAGCAUGGAUCUUUAACCAAUCCCCAAAUUUUGAGGCAAAUCCAGUCGCUACAGCAAGGAAUGAAAGGCUUUGAACUAUCGGUGAAGAACUCCCUUUCUCAAUGGGAGAAAGAAAACAAGGCCAUUCAACAUGACCCGCAUUUAUACACACAGAAGCGGCUUUGGAUUGAUUUCCUCACCAACCCCAAGCUACUUCAGGCCAAUGUAGAUGCCAUGGUCAAAAAGGCCAAAUGAGUAAUAAAUUGAUUGAAAAAUA